AUGUGUGUUAACUAUACUGCCGUUAUUAUGACUUAUUUUCUGUUGGGCCGGAACGCACAUCACUAUGGUCCUUCCAGUAUUGUACCUUUAAAAAACAUUAUGGACCAAAGUGAUAUACACACUAUAGCGUCGGAUAUACAGGAGUGUGGCUACCGGAGGAUUGCCAUUCAAUCUUCAGAUGUGUCGGCAGCGGCGCGUUAUUGCACAGCGCUACAAGAACACUUCCGUUCAGCUGAGGUUGCUAAGGAGUUCUACGUCUUAGGUGAUGUCUUUAUAGGCAGCUGUUGUACAGAUGUGAUCGCUGCGCGGCGAUGUGCGGCAGUUUACGACACUCCAUUUCACUAUUUUGUUGACAUUAUAGAAGGAUUUGUCCGUGAAAUUGGGAAACCAGGGUACAUAGCAGAGUGCCGUGAUAGGAUUGGAGCACCAUCCGACCAAGCUGCUGGCGUCGAUUUGUUUUGCGGGAGACACGUAUUUGCCUGUUCUUCUGGAUCUGAACGUAAAUACGUAUCUACUAAUGAGUUGUUUAUUGGAGAUAGCAGCACGUUGGUUCUGUUCCUGGAUACAGGCUGUGAGCACGGUACUACCGUGGAUUACAUUGCGCUAUCGUCUACCGGUAGCCAGUUACAUGUUGUUACCGUUGACAACGGAUCUAUGAGACACAGUGUAAUGGACAAUAGGGGUGACGCUUUGAGUUUGCGACGGUAUCAUAAGGUGGAGAAAGUACAAGCUGCAUCUACUAUUGGCAUUUUGGUGAUUGCACGAACACUGCGCGGGUCCACUACGUUGCGCCGAUCGCUUUCGCGGGUUAUUGAGCGCCACGAAGAGAUAGCUCGACGGAUAGUGUUCCCCUUUGAGCUAUUGGUAGCUCUAGGUUGUAUCGAAUGGUCCAAUUCGUAUGAGUUUGACUUUUUAAAGCUGGUCGAGCAUAUACCAGUAGAGGAGAGUGUUACUACAUCAUUGUCAACUGGCGAGAUUCGUCGUUUACAAGGCGAUGGGGAGAUCCAGGGGCUCCGUCGUCACAAGAAACGUGGCCGUGGAAAAAAGAGCUCUGCCCGUGGUUAUCGCUUCAAAAGACAGAAACAUAGAGGUAGCAAGGCGAAUAGUCGUACCUUUGAGGGUGGACAGACUCCUCUGUUUAAGCGACUCCCCAAAUGGCCUGAGGCAUGGUUAUCCAGCAAAUGUGUUAAGGUGAAGAGGGGUGUACAGCUGUUCAACGUCAAUGAUUACCCUUUCCCGUACAAGAUAGAUAUCGAGGUUGCUGGGAGCGAUCAAUCGUCCAUCGAUGCUAUAAAGCGAGUAGGAGGUUCAGUUACUAUAGUGUACUAUGACCGUGUAAACUUACGAGCCCACCUGAAGCCAUAUAAAUUCGAGGCCCGUCCAAGCAUAGACAAGGUGCAUUAUUUGGAGAAGAUGCGUGCUAGGGGCUGUAACGUGGUAUAUAUUAAACCAAUGUGGCUUAUUAAGGAGGAGCAAGCUAUUGCUGCAGAGAUGGCAGAGCUCGAAGCUGAGACUCUAACAAGCUCUGAACUGGACCCACAUGGAAUCAUGGCGGUCGGAAAGGUAUGUUCGGAUUCCGAAGCGCCAUGUCCUAUCUUUUUGGACUUGGACUGCACGUCGGACCGCACGCUCGCCUGGAUAAAGACGAAACUAGAGGACACGAACAAUACUAAGAAGGUGACUGCCCUUGAGCACACUAUUUUGCAUGGCAACGUUCGUGAGGAGAGCAUCUUGGUCUGCAACGCCUUGCGCAAUGAUCUAUGUUCACCUAAUGAAUAUGUUCGUGGGUCGACACUUCGUUUGAUAUCGAAGCUGAGACACUGGAACAUAGUAAGCCCAAUGAUUACGGCUGUUGUGGACAACUUGAAACACUCCGAUCCCUAUGUACAUCGGAAUGCGCUUAUGUGUCUGGCGAAGAUAGCCGAACGUUUUGGCACAGAUUGCGUGAUGUCAGGGCUGGAGGACACUGAGAAUCUACUGCUAGGUGAUAGCGGUGUCUCUGUUAAGGUGCAGGCAUUUAAUUUACUCCGCGUAUGCCAGCCGGCGUUGGCAGUGCAGUAUUUGAUGAACGUCGAGGGUAUGUUGCUUACCCUCCCACCGCGUUUGCACAUGGAGAUCCUAUCUGCGUUCUUAAGUCUGUGUUCUUUGAACAGCGAGGUGCGAUCUUUCAUGAUGCGCGUGGCUGUGACACUGAUGGAAAAUAGUCAGGACAACUCCGUCCGCGUGGAGGGUGCCAAUAUCAUAUGUCAUCUGAAGUCCACACCCAUUGAGGCACGCCGCGCUGCUGCAGGAGCAUAUAUAAAGGUGUUGCUGGACGAGUCCGAUUUGAAUGUGAAGAUGCUUGUACUUGAGAAGCUGAACACAUUGCAUGCUCGUUCGUCUUCUCUUGGUGACGUUCCCAACGUUUUGGAGGCACACGUGAUGGAUAUUGUACACGCAUUGAAUGGUUCUAGCCGUGAAGUGUCAUUGGGUCUACUAUCGUUAGCUCUUCGUUCGUUGACUCGUCAGAAUGUGGAGUCACUGUUACAGAGUUUCAAGAAGGCGUUCACCACUGCCGAGGACAUUGCCACUUACAGUCAACAGCAGAUUGCGGAAUAUAGAAUCAUGCUGAUUAAGGCAAUCCACUAUACCUGCGGUCGGUACCCCGAGAGAAGUGGUAUAGUGUAUGACAUGCUAUUGGGUUACCUGAGCCAUCAACACCAGCAGACUGCGGAGGACUGCGCGUUGUUUUUUAAGCAGUUAACAGAGUUGCUUCCUCAGUUACGUGAGGAGACAAUAGUCAAGCUUCUCACGUAUUUAGAGAUGAUCCCACACUCCAAUGUGUUAUCAGUAUGUUUUUGGGUGAUUGGCGAAUACGCAGAAAGUUCUCAACUGGCGUCACAUUGCUGUAACCAUAUAUACGAUAUUCUAUCGCCAUAUCCAUUCGUCGCUCCGAACUGCUUAACGGAGUCAUCACAUUCUUUUGCUUCAAGUGAAUUCAGUUCUGAAGAGUUUGAGACUACUGUCACUACGCAGACGGUAGUAUUACAGGACGGUACCUACGGAGCACAAUUGGCUGGUGAUGCUCAACGCGCUCCUGUGGAAGACACCCUUCGCGAUAUUUUGUUGAAGGACUGUGACCCACUGCUGUACUGUUCCGUUGCACAGUGUUUACUGAAAUUGUGUUUCACCUCGGGUGAUGACGAUUGCAUAGCAAAGGCUGCUUUAGUGACGGCGAACCUGAUACGUCUGAUGCAAGAUCCGCAGUAUGCUGAUGUAUACUCUCAACGUCGUUUACGUUUGAUUAUGAAGCUGUGCAUUGGAUUCUUAAAGAACCGAGAAGAAUUUAGGCCACUGUUGGACGAGUACAUAUCCACGUCUCGUAAGAAGUGGUCUUCGACACCUCUAAGUGCUACUAUUGAGCUUAAGGGUGAUAUUGAGGAGCCUAUCAGCUACGCUUCGAUUUUCGGUGGUAUGGUUGAAGAUGAUUGGGCGUUGGAUGAGGAGAGUGAUGAAGGCGAGCUCACUUCCGUUGAAGACUUUGAAAUUGAUAAGGUCCUCAAUACUACUGCUGCCAUCCAUGUUGUUGGUGUUAAAGACCAUGAUAAACGUGAUUUGGGUAACAUCCAUCAGUUCACUUCAUUGAUGGAUCCAGUUUACAUCGAGGCUACCAUUAGCGUGAUCGCAACUCGCAUGUACCUUACAUUAUACUUGAGAAACACGACUGAGUUUUUGCUUCAGAACAUCCGCGUUGAGCUGUGUUCGAAUGAGCGUCUGGAAAUAUCAUCCAUUACCCCAAUUAUAACCCUAGAGUCUGGUGGAAGCAGCGUGGUCCAUGUGAACUUUAAGAUGAAGCGCAGCCAAAAUGAUGUUCUGUACGGUCACGUGUAUUUCGACAAGGAGAAGUCUGGUAUCCAGGAAUGUCUUCCAUUUAACCCAAUGGGUGUAUGUUUGUAUGAUUAUGUGUUACCAAGCUUCAUAUCAUCUGAAUUAUUCCGCACAUAUUGGGCUGACUUUGAAUGGGAGCAUAAGAUCCACAUCCAACCUGUGAAAGUGAUCCCACUGGAGCUAUUGCGUAAUGUACUCCAGGUAACUCACAUGACGGUUGUUGGUACUAUGCCACCAUCUGGGUUCAAGAGCGCUCCUGGUCCAUCUGGCCAGAAAGAGUUUUUGUCGCAAUAUAUGGAAUACCUUUCACGUCUUCCUGAGUUAGCUGCAGUAUUGGGUGAUGCGAGUUUCUUUGCAUUGAACCUGUUUUGCAGGACUCCACACGAUACAGUGGCCGUAAGCGUUCAGUUGUAUCGCAACAUGGGCUUCCUUUCGGUGAACUUUACCGACCGAGCAGCCCUCAGGAGCGCGCGGUACAAAAUGAAUACGGGAGAUUUAGAACGUAGCAAGUUCAUGUCGUCUGUCGCAGAGGCAACUUCAGAACAGGUUGGCCAACUUUUGGCGUCUGAGUGUGGUUUAAUACUCCGUUGUUUUUCAAAAGUGGAUUAUCGCAAUUAUGAUCUGCAACACGCUUUGAUCGAGCGCAUCCUUAGACGUGGACAAAAGUUCAGCCCAUAUGCCUCAGUCUCGGCCCUGAACACCUUGGCAGAAGGGUUAUCAAAUGGAACUACUACCCUGUGGUCUACAAACGAAUCUGAUAGUAAACGCCUGCUGAGCAGGUUGUUAUCACAGUUGCACGGUAACCUGGAUAAAUUCAAUCUGCGAACGUUGGCACGACUUACUAAUACACUAUCCCGUCUACCGUGUGAUGUGAAUAGUGUACUUACGGCGGUACGCGAUACUCUGUUUGAGCUGCAUGUACCGGAGAACAAUCGUCAGUCCUGGAGUGAAGAGGUAGUCCACUUUUUUGCCAAUGGCUUUUCAAGAAAAGGUUUACUCGAUAAGCCACUGUUUGACCUUUUGCGAGAUCGCAUAACGGAAUCUUGUGCCGGUUAUAGUGUCGACACUUUAGUUUCUUUGAGCAAUGCGUACUCUAAGUUCGGAAGUGCCGAGGACGCAGGAUAUAUUGACUUGUUUACAUGUUUGGCAGAUGAGAUAGUGGCCCAGCGUCGCCAGCUCACAAAUAGACAUGUUCUAGACGAAACUUUCGUCUUCGCUAUCGAUGCUUACGACGGACGCCAGAUAGCCAUGAUGAUCCAUGCGUUUAACAAGCUAGGGUACCGAUCUCAAAACCAUCAUUUUAUAUGGCGCAAAUGUACAGAUGGGCUGUCGAUGGUAUUCCACGCAUACACCAAGGGGGAGCUACGCGAUGAUAAUACCACGGCCAGAUUCUGCCAAAGGUUAGAAUACCUGUUUAAUAAGUUGGAAAAGUCGGAUUCCCGAAUGGCGUCUUCUCCCGACCUGCCUCAACCUACUACAUAUGUCUCGUUAGUCUAUUCACUAGUCAAGGGCAACAUCCUCAACUGCAAAGGUUACGAGCCCGACGAGGUUGCGAACCUCACCUUGGCAUUUUCAAAGAUAUAUAACAACGCAUCUCCCGAGCGAGAAGACGGCGAUGAGGAGCUGUGGAUUUUAAGCCGUGAGAUGGCGAAGGUGAUUGAGGCCCUGGGUGACUGCGCAUUUCCCCAGAGUGCACAUGUAGUAUUGGGUCUUAUUAAGCGUAACUUGCUAAUACUCGACCGACUGUCAUAUACUCAUAUCACCGCAAUAAUCCGUGCAAUGUCUACUAUGGGUAUACAUGAUGAAGAUGUUUUAUCGGUGUUAAACUCGUUGAAACAUAAUAAACGGGUUCGCCAUACCUCCGCAGUACCCGGCACAUGA